CACACACAGAGUACUGUUUUCGUACACACACACUGAUCACACACACAUAAAUGGAGCUCGAAAUCUCAUCUCUCGGGCCACCCGUUCACGGAUAUCGAGGAAUUUAUGCUUUUUUUCCCCUUUCCCAAUUUUAGCUUUUUCAUCUUUUGCUUUAUUACAGUUGAGCCCCAUAACUUCCUGUAACCAUAGUUUUUCUCCCCCCCUUUUUCACCCAUUUUCUUGUAAAUGCGUCUCAGUCCCCUUCUUCUUUGCUACCUUUUCCUAGAGAGAGGAACUUUCUCGAUCUCUUUCGAUUUAAUCCGAUCUCGUUAAACUGAUACCAAAAUCAUGUUUUAUAUUGGAGGGGAUUGAGCACAUUGCCUGGGUUCUAAAGAGUUGGGUCUUUUGCACAGUGCCCUCUGUUUUUCUCAUUCAUGGCUUGAACUGAAGAAAUCAUGAAUAGCUUCAAGGAGGACGACCAAGAAAGCCAUUUCUUUGAUGCCCUCGAGCACAUCACUCAAGAACCCGAUCAGGUCUCAAAUUUCCAUCCUUUGAAAAACUGGGAUUACAAUGUGUGGAUCAAUGUUCCCCAAAGUGUUGGGGAGAGAAGAAAGAAAUUCAUUCGAUUGAUGGGUUUUGGCCCAGAUGGGCUAGAAGGAGAAAAUCCUGCAUACAUUGAUGAAAAUCAUCAUGGUACUUUUAUUGGAGAUGUCGAUAGAAUUAUGGAGAAAAAUGGAACUGUGCUAAGAACCUCGAGUUUUGAAUACGAGUUCUCAUCCAGACGCUCGUCUGCAUCGAGCUGGAACACCGAUGAUUCUGACCUUUUGGCCCGCGAGAAUGUUGCUCAAUUUUGCCCCUCGUCUAAUCAAAAUCUCACCGAGGGUGAAAUUGAAGCCAGCUGUUACACGCCUCGAACAAUGGAUAAAUUGAAAAACAAGUGGCUAAGGAAAUGGAAAGCCAUGACUUGUAUGAUGAAGAGUAACGUUAAGGACAAAAAUAUUAUUAGCCGUGGGCAGGGGAGGAAGAUCAGCCGUGUGAGGGUCCGGCAUUGCAGUAGAAAGCUGAAGGAGCUUUCGGGCCUCUUCACGGGCCAAGAUAUCCAGGCCCACAAGGGGUCAAUACUGACGAUGAAAUUUAGUCUGGAUGGACGCUAUUUAGCUAGCGCCGGUGAGGAUAUGGUUGUUAAGGUGUGGAAAGUCAUCGAGAAUGAGAGAAAUGAUGCAGUUGAUGUUCCCGAUGAUGAUCCCUCGUGUGUGUAUUUUUCGGUCAACAGCCUUUCAGAAUUGGGGCCUCUUAUGGUGGAGAAAGAUAAAGGUAGUAGAUUUAAGGGUUUGAGAAAAAAUCCGGAUUCGGCAUGUAUUAUUUUCCCUCCAAAGGUUUUUCGGAUUUUAGAGGAGCCGCUGCAUGUCUUUGAGGGGCACAAUGGCGAUAUAUUGGAUCUUUCGUGGUCGAAGGAUAAUUGUCUGCUUUCUUCAUCGGUUGAUAACACUGUUCGUUUGUGGAGAGUUGGAUUUGAUCGGUGCCUGAAGGUCUUCUCACACACCGACUAUGUGACCUGCGUUCAGUUUAACCCUGCAAAUGAUGAUUACUUCAUAAGUGGUUCAAUUGAUGGGAAGGUUCGUAUAUGGACCAUCAAUGGCUGUCAAGUUGUGGACUGGGCAGAAACAAGGGAUAUAAUCACAGCUGUUUCUUAUAGACCUGAUGGGCAGAGUGGGGUUUUUGGUUCAAUUGGUGGCACAUGUUACUUCUUUAGCGCAUCAGAUAAUCAUUUCCAUUUGGAGACUCAGAUGUGCUUGAUUAAUAAGAAGUCACCGUGCAAAAGAAUAACCGGCUUUCAGUUUUUACCACAAGACCCGACCAAAGUAUUGGUAACUUGUGCUGAUGCGCACGUCAGAAUUAUAGACGGACUGAAUGUGAUCGGAAAGUACAAAGGCUUUCGAAAGGCAGGCAACCAAAUCUCGGCCUCGUUCACCUCAGACGGGAAGCACGUUAUCUCAGCAUCUGAGGACUCGAGCAUCUACAUAUGGAACUACGAAGAUCAAUCGUCCAACUCACCGAAAGUGAUUAAUUCCUUCGAGUGCUUCUCUACUGAAGCCUCGAUUGCUCUGCCAUGGUGCGGCUUGAAUUCGAGCAAACUCCAUGAGACGAUAAACUCGCUGCCAUUCUCAUCUUCCACUUGUUUCUCUUUGACCCAAGAAUUCCUACUCGAUGCCGGGUCGAAAGGGACUGCCACCUGGCCCGAAGAGAAGCUCGUGUACGUUUCAAGCCCGAAAUCGGCAAAAUCAUCUUCCUUGGGAAGAUCACAGUAUAAAUUCUUCAAAACUUCAUGUGAGAGCUCGUCCAAUUCUCAUGCUUGGGGCUUAGUGAUCGUGACAGCUGGAUGGGAUGGGCGAAUCAAGUCGUUCCAAAACUAUGGGUUACCCGCGCCCAUUUAGGAUGAGGCGGGUCAAGGGAAGAAAAAAAAGGAAAAAAAAAUCAUUUCUUGAAAUUGGAUAUUCGUGGUGAUUCAUGGGUCGAUUUCAAGAUUUCAUUGCACGAUAGGCUGGCACAUGAAAAAAGGUAGUUUUGGCAGUGUACCGAAUUUGGGAUCUCAUGAAGGACUGUUGGACCCCCCCUUCCAUUCAUUAAAUUGUUAGCUUAGAGGAGCUGUGAAGAAAAUGGGUCCCGCCGAAUUUCUUCAAGUUGAUUUGAAUUUUAUUCGGAUGAGCAAAGGACACACAGCUAAGCGAGGGGCCGAACGAGCAAGAAUGUUGAGGUUUGCCUUAUUAAUAUAGCAUUCUAAUCUGGUUAUUGCCCGGUUUACAAUUGUGUAUGUAAAAUCUUUGAUUUUAUUCAAAUCUUGUGUUCGGAAAAAGAAUUCUGAGGAGGCUCGUGGGACAUCGGUUAUUCUCUUCCAUACGUGAAAUUGAGGUGGAAAAUUGAUUUAGGAAAAGGGUUGUGGGGAAUGAACUUCUCAAUUUGUCUUGAAUAAUUGAGUUAUUUUGUCUGCCAUUUUUAUGAAGGGGGGUGGCAGGGACAGUUGCCCCCUUUGAAUGAAUAUAUAUACAACUUGUGGUAAUUUUAGAUGAAAGAAAAGUGUUAAGUUGACUGCAUGGCCCCUAUUCCGAAUCGAAAUUUGUCUCGUGGCCUGUUGGUUAAAGCUGUGGAUGGAGAUCUGCCGGGCAGUUGAUUUUUUUUUUUUUUUCUUCUUCUUCUUUUGUUUUCUUUGUAUUGUCUCCAAGCUACCUUAUCAAAGCUAUUUUCAGGCUCCGGAGAUUCUAUGACAAAAAAUCU